CUCUACUUCUUUUUCUCUCACUUCGUGCCAACUGACCGUUUCUCUUGGAUAAGAUUAACGUCGUCUAUUCUCCGCAUAUCUUGACUCCUACUUCCACUUGAGUGUCCUUCUUCUGCUCUUUCCCAUCAGUAACUGGUUCGGCUGUGGGUCAAUACCGCAUCCGUCACUUCAACCUCAGUUACAUUUGCUGCAUUCCAUCCAGGACAGCCUACUAUUCUUCAACGCACGAAGAUAAUUUAGAUCGAGAUCUCCUUGCUGAUUUCCUUUGACAACAUGGACUACGCGAUGGAGGAUACUCAAAACGCCGUACCCCAAGCCCACGAGGCAUCCAAGCUUGGAGCUUCUGCUCCGCGAGGCGAUACUCAGAGCGUCACCAAACGUCUGCAAUCAGAAUUGAUGCAACUUAUGCUCUCACCCUCGCCCGGAAUCUCUGCCUUUCCCAAUGCCGACGGAAACCUCCUCUCAUGGACAGCGACGAUUGACGGACCAACAGACACGCCUUAUGAGAACCUGACAUUCAAGCUUUCGUUCUCUUUCCCCAAUAAUUAUCCAUAUGCUCCGCCAACGGUGCUUUUUAAGACUCCCAUCUACCACCCGAAUGUCGACUUUUCGGGCCGGAUCUGUCUGGAUAUAUUGAAGGAUGAGUGGAGCGCAGUAUAUAAUGUGCAGAAUGUCCUGCUUAGUCUUCAGAGUCUACUCGGCGAACCCAAUAACUCUAGUCCCUUGAACGGCCAGGCUGCACAGCUUUGGGACGAGAAUCCAGAAGAGUUUAAACGUCAUGUUCUAGCUAGACAUCGGGAUAUUGAAGAUGAUGAGUAGGAGGAGCCGAAGAACUCGACACUUGGCCUGUCUGUCUUCUCUCUGCAGGAUGAGAAACAUGUCAAAUUUGACUGCAUUUCACGGGGUGUUGCACUUUGGAUUUGUUUUGCAUUUUUAUGACCUAAUUCCUUUGAAGUUCACAUACAUUGGAGUGAUGCACCGUUGCCGGUCAAACACCAUAGCGUUGCGUUGCGUGGGAGUCGUAUACACGAAUAUCUUAGUUCACUUCGUUGGUCUUCUUUCAUAUUAUUACAUGCUUUACCCAUCUUAUACUUGUUAGUUAUAUGAUACCUUCGAUUCAUUGUCAACCGGCUUUUUUGUUUAU